AUGGCGACCACAUCUCCACAGUCUGAAAAUGUGUCGUCGUCCAUAUCCGAGCUUGCAAUCAUUUCAGGGUCGGACAGUUCUGCAGAGGAAGCAGCCCUGCGGCCCAGGCGAGGACUCGAACAGGCGGGUGCCGUCGUGAAGAAAUGGCGAAAAUUCCGCGGUGUCUACAUGGAGAGACGUAAUUUAGUAGAGAACCGAUGGUUCAGACUGGAGUUGAACAAGAGGAAGAAGCUUCUCACUACGCUUUGGAGGGCGCUGAGCGGGGGGAAGGAAAUGCCGCAAGCCCAUCGCCCGGACGUAGAUGAUGCAGACGCCAUCAAGUGGCCUCUGUUCAACCAGGCAGACCUUGCCAACCGGCCCGAGGUGCUGCUGACCAUACUGGACCACAGGGCGAGGUUCCAUCCUGGGGCCUUCCAGAGGGAGGACCUCUUCGGCGAAAACUAUCCGCUGGCGAAGGCGGUUGGUGUCCUGCCCCUGCAGAGAGACCAGGUCACCGAGUACAGGGAGGGCAUCGUCAUGGCCGACCUGACAGGUGUUGCGCUGGAGGACAACGACCAGGACAUGCAAGAGGAAGAUGACAGCUACGGCACGAUCAACGAGCCGGAGAGCCUGGAGGAGCUGAAGCUCUUCAACAGCUCAGACAUGAUCCUGAAGGAGGCAGGGGAUGUAGUUAUGGAGGUCCAGUAUAGGAUCUACAGCCUUCUCGACGACGUCGUUGAGAAUAUUACCGGAGAUAAGCGCAACAAACCUGUGGUCCCUCACGCAUCCGACAAGGAACCACUCGACUGGCGGGUCAGACAGCCCACCGACCCAGAGGACCCGAGUUACGAGAAGGAGCUCACGAAUUACUUCAACGUCUCGCGGACCCUGCUGUCCUGCACCGCGCCAGGCGAGAUGGACUGGGACUAUGUCAUUGCCCUGAGCGCGCGGCGACGAAAGUGGCACGAGCGACAGAUUGCCGUCCUGAAGGAAGACCCCGGCGCGCUCCUCGACCGGCUACAACAGGCGCGAACCCACGGCAGAUUUGGCAGCCAGUUAAAAACUAAGCAAGGGACCACUCAUCCAUACAACGACGGCAAUACACAAGCCGACACAGAUCUCCAGAUGUGGACCCUCUACUUUCAAGACAUCCUAGCACAUCACAACGAAUUAGUGGACGUCUGGGCGGGGACAGGCCAAAUGCUGGAAGACUUACGGACAAUCCCGCCAGGCACACGCGCUUGGAUGUCCAAAAUCAAAACCCUGGCAGGCCUCACCAGCCCGGGCAAGGAAGUCCUGGGACUUCUCCUCGACGUGCUGGUCAGCGCACCCGACCUGCGGGAGUACUUCAGAACAGCAGCGUCCCGGAACGAACAGGGAGAAUGGGUCGUGCCCAUUGUAGACGGACUACCAGGGGCGCCGAGGAUACUCAAGCGGGACAGCAACACGAUCGGGGCUCUUGCUGCUUGGCGGAGGGCCAUGUCGGAGGAGCGAGCCCGCAAGGCCUUUGGGCUGCACACCAUGGCCGAGGAGCUGCGCCAGAUCCUCAGCCGCUUCAGGAAGAACGUGUUCAGCGAGUACGUCCUCGGGCAGGCAGACAGCUUCUACGACCUGACCAUCGUCGCAAAAGCCGCCAACAAGCUCUGGGAGAGCUCGCUCAUGCUGUACGGACGGGACGGCCAGGACGGCACGGGGGCCGCCAAGGGGGAGUGCGCACAGCUCCUCUGGGUCCUCGAGGCGCACCCGGGCAUGCCUCUGCGCGACGAGAUCGAUGCCUAUUUCAAGCCGCAGCCCGCCGUGGCGUUUGACUACCCGCCGCUCGAGGACAGGAUGUCGGACAGGGCGAAGAAGGACAGGAUCCCCAGGCGGAUCAAGGCGGAGCAGAACCUGGCCAACUUCUGGGCGGCGGUAGAGAAGACGUUUACGACUGGGCUUCUGGUUGCGCCCUAUACUUUUCUCACGCUGCGGAGGGCCAGGCCGAAUGUCACACCACCUUUUGAGCCAGCUGUAGCGAGAAACAAGAGAGCCAGAGAGGAGUCCCCAGGCCCGAGAACGCCGUCACCACCUGCCAAGAGGAUCAGGACAACCUCCCCCAGGUCUCCUGUCUCACCUAUCCGAGCUGCCCUCCCAGGCGAGGGGGGCCCACGACGACCAGCCAUUGAUCGGCGGGCGGCAGCGGCGGCGGCGGCAGCGGCGGCGGAGGAGGAGGAGAAGGCGAGAGCUGCUACCGCACAGGCAUUGGCUACACCUCCAGAGGAGCCUGUCCCUGCCAGAGAACAUCCUCCCAUCCAGCUGCGAAGAGAUCACUACGAGUUCCUGGAGGCGCUCAUGGUGCCCCCUCGAGAGCGCGCUGCUGAGAAUGUGCUCUUCACAACCAUAUUUGAGAACUGCGAGAAUCCCAGACACAGAAUCCACGGGUCACGAUGGCUCAACCGCAAUGUGGCAUCUCGAUGGCUUCGAUCCAGGACUCAUGGUUUUGGACAGGAAGAUGAGGAGAACAAGAAAGGAAUUCAGGCCUUAAUAUGGCUGGACCUGGGAGAAAUUUGUUAUGGCACCAGAAGAUGA